UCGGACUGGACUGAUCCUGGAUGGAGGAAUCAUCAUCAUCUUCCUUCGUCGUCUCCCUCCUCUCUGGCUAUUUCUUGGUGCUCGUCUCAUUUGUACAAGACUGUUAAGGUCGCGACGACUUGUUGGCCACUUUGAAUCUCUUUCCUUCGAGACUGUGAGGAGAGGGACCAUCAUCCAGAGGGCUGAAAGAAGGAGUCGUCGUCCUAGUGGUGGUAGAUGAUGAUGCUACCAUUGCUACACCCACCCUUGUGGUGAAGUGAGAGAAAAACGACCAUAUUAUUAUACCUGAAAAAGAAAGACUUGUGCCAGGAAAUACCAAGAAUAGUUCAUGUUGUGCACAGGCCCUGAUGAUGAUCAUCUCUAGUGUUGGGGAGGAUAGUUUCUUGACAUGCCACUCUGCUUGACAUUAGCGUGACGGAUGCUUGGAGGAUUUCUUGGCGUUCUCCUCCACCUCCUCCUCCUCCUCCUCCACCUCCGCCCUGUCGUGUCCAAAAUCAUACGAAGACAUGGGUAAAAUCAUUCAGGACCAACCGGCCAACAGUACUCUAGCCUCGGCCACCAAUGAGUCCCAAGAGGGGAGUCAGCAGUUGGGUGGCACUGAUGAGGUGGUCAAGAAGAGCUGGAUGACCAAGCGAUCCCAACUCAAAUCGAGGUUCUCCUUCUCCAACUACAAGGACCGAUGGUUCGUGCUCACCCGAACCACCCUCGCCUAUUACGAUGGAGCGGAUUCCAUGAAGAAGAAGCAAAAGGGCAGGAUCCAGCUGAAAGACGUGCGGCUAAUAGAAAAAGUGUCCUUAAGGGACGAAUCCAAAUCCCACUCGUUCCAGAUUGGCUACAAGGAAAACGGCCAGAGCUACUUCCUCUACAUUCAAGCCAAAUCGGACAGCGAGAGGGACGAAUGGAUUCAACUGAUCCGCAAUUUGUGCCGUAGCAAUCCAUCCCUAGCCGACAAAUUCCAUCCCACGCAAUAUGCCAAUGGUCGAUGGACCUGUUGUGGGGAGGCGUCUCGUUACGGUGGAACUGGCGGUUGCGAACACAUCACGUGGACGGCACGUCAAACCAAAUCGGACCCAGUGCCUCCUCUACCAGUUACCGCUAUUGCACCCCUUGCAGCACAACAAAAUCUGGUCGUAGAAGAGCCCCCAGCCUUACCCCUUCCAGUUCCUGUUCCGUUACCGCCCAAUGCGAAAAUUGUCACCGCUGUGUACCCUUUCACUGCCAUAGAACAGGGGGAACUGACUCUGGUCAAAGGUGAAGAUUACGCCGUCCUUGAUGACAGUCAAGACCAUUGGUGGCAAGUGCAAAACGCCCGAGGUGAAGUGGGCUUUAUCCCGUCAAAUUAUGUCAAAGAAAAAGAUGCCCUGGGCCUUCAAAACUAUGAUUGGUAUGUGUCAGAUAUGUCCAGGCAACGGGCAGAACAUCUCUUGAAAAGCGAGGAUAAAGAGGGAUGUUUUGUGGUGCGAAACUCAUCUACAAGAGGUCUUUACACUCUUUCUCUGUACACAAGGAUACCUCAUUCUCAGGAUCGACAAAGCACUCGAAUAUCACUCCAUGAUAGCGUGAAUGGGAGCUUCUCGAAAUGGCGAGUCAUGUUCGGAUUAGUCAAACAUUAUCACAUCAAGAGCGGCAGCCAGGGAUUCUUCCUGUCGGAGAAGCAUGCCUGUGCGAGUAUUCCUGAGCUAAUGGAAUAUCACUCAUUCAAUGCGGGAGGAUUGGCUUGUCGUCUCAAGUGUCCCCCGGGGCGUUCCAUUCCCGCCACUGCCGGGCUUUCUCACGGAAAGUGGGAAAUCGACCCCACGGAACUGACUUUGUUGGAGGAGCUUGGCUCCGGACAGUUUGGCGUGGUUCGCAAGGGAAAGUGGAAAGGCACUAUUGAUGUUGCUGUGAAAAUGAUGAAAGAAGGCAGCAUGUCUGAAGACGAUUUCAUUGAAGAGGCCCAAGUUAUGACCAAACUGCAACACGUGAACUUGGUGCAGCUCUAUGGAGUGUGUUCCAAAAAUCGCCCAAUUUUCAUCAUCACAGAGUACAUGAAGCAUGGGAGCCUGCUACAAUAUUUAAGGAAAUUGAAGGCCGCCCUGAUAACGGACGUUGGUUCUUUGUUGGAUAUUGUUGUCCAAGUCUGUCGUGGCAUGGCUUAUCUAGAGAGGCAUAAUUAUAUUCACCGUGACUUGGCAGCACGCAACUGCUUGGUUGGAUCCGAAAACGUGGUCAAGGUCGCUGAUUUUGGUCUGGCUCGAUAUGUGAUUGACGACCAAUAUACCUCGAAUGGUGGAGCCAAGUUUCCAAUAAAAUGGUCCCCACCAGAAGUGCUCAAUUAUACCCGGUUUUCAUCAAAGUCCGAUGUCUGGGCCUUUGGUGUACUCUGUUGGGAAGUAUUUACCUGUGGAGACAUGCCCUAUGGGCGUACCAAGAACCCUGAGGUGGUCGAACGUGUGCAAAGAGGCCUGAUCCUGUCCAAACCGGCGUCGUGUCCUUAUGAUGUUUAUGAAACAAUGAGAUUGUGUUGGGCAGCCAAUCCGGAUGAUCGGCCGGCUUUUCGAACGUUAAAAGAGGACAUGUUUGGCAUCAUUCAGGCGCAUCAAAUGGACUAACUGAAUGAACAAACUCGCCUCGACAGAUGAGAUGGUUCAGUAUCGUCAUGUGAUAAGAAGCAAGAAAUACAGUCCAAGUAUUGAGAGAUUAACCGCCUAUAUUUAUUUAGCAGCUUCCUUAUCAUACAGCACUUGAUGCACUCCCUUCGACCAAGAUUCCAAGAUUUCAAACGGAAAGUCCACCAUAUUCAGUAAAAAAUUCAAGUUUCCCAAAAUGAACACCUCAAAGACGGCACAUGAAUCCUUGAUCAUGGCCGCCAUCGCUAUUCGGCUCAUGUUUUCGUUACAUCGAAUGAUGUUUAGUGCGGCUAGGAUGUCAAUCACGACCCCUUGAACGUUGAUGAGCACCAAUAAUAAUCGGAACAAGAGAGCCUUCUUGCGGAAAUGCUUGUUAUUCCCCAUCUGAUACUUGUUGGUAA